CACUAAUGCGCUUCAGUCUUGACAGAUAAAAAAAACACCGCAGACGAAGGCACAUGAUCACUAGUUUUAGCUCAAAUGAUCGAUUAAGAAUAUGUUUAAGAAUUUAAAGAAAAAGUUGGAACAAGGCGUAGCACAGUCGCCACUUCGUGGAGCUCUGAAUGCCGUGGCAAAGCAAACUGAAGAAGCAUCACCGAGCCCAGGAGAGCCAAUAGCAGAGAGUACACCCAAGAAGGAGAACAAUGCUGCUACCCAGGGUUUGAAUUCUACAGAUGGUGGGGGUAUGGUAGGGGAGGGGCCAGCCAUUGGUCAGCUGGUGGACAUUCCCCUUCAGGAAGAUAGUCCAAACACAACUAAUGAUUAUUCCUCUGCACUGUCCCAGUUACCCGGAGAUGAUACGCCUCGUGCAGGCCGCUCACGGACAUCGUCCAUCAGCUCCGUCACAAGCGACUCGUUCUUCACGAACUCUAAUCUCGGCCCACAUCAUCACUACGCACUACCGUCAGACAUAGAGAGUGAGGUAGAGGAGCAGGUCUCCAGCCUUGAUGGCUACAGCAAAGAAGAUCUGUACCAGCUGGUCAGAAAAUACGAAAGGCGCUCCAUCAGAUAUAAGUCAAAGUUUAUGGAGGUAGCAAACAUUUAUAAAGAAGUUGUGGCUGAAAGGGACAAAUUAAAGAACACAUUGACCCAGACACAAGACCGAGCUUUCCGGAGAAUCUCUGAGCUGAAGGAGCAGAUUCAGCUCGAUCUGCUUGCCAAGAAGGACCUCGAAGAAAACUACAGGCUGAUGCUGGAAGAGAAAGAUGAACACAUCAAAGUCUUCAGGACUCAGAUAAGGCUGCUAAGAGAAGGAAAGGAGAUCCCACCUGAACUGGAAGAACAAUUACAGAGUAAAAAGUCCCCUCAGAAGGCCCCCGUAACUGGAGGCCCAGGAGGGGAUGGAAAAAAGGAGGAUAGUAAUGUUCAACAGCUUACAGAAAAGGUCAAGAGAUUGGAAGGUUUACUGAGUCGCUGUAAGGAGACCAUCAGAAGCAAUAAAGAAAAGUCCAGUCAGUUGGAGGAGGAAAAUGCAAAACUGACCAAUGAAAUCAAAGAACUUACAAAACUGAAGGGUACCACAAGUCCAGAUCAGUUAUCUAAACUACAAAACCAGAUCAAGCAGGCUAGACAGGUCAUUGAACAGCUGGAAUCUGAUAGAGAGCUGGCGAUCGCAGAGGUCAAACGACAGGUGCAUGAAGAAAUUCAGGCCAAGGAUGAGGAGGUCGUCAAGGCUAGAGAACAGGUCAAGGUCAAAGAGGAGGAACUUGCUCAUGCACAACAGGAAGUGGAGCAGCUCAGGGCAGAGAAUCAGGCAUUCCAGGAAAAGAUCGAAAAAUUAGAAAAAGCAGCCAGAGAGAAACUAGAGAAAUCUAGGGAGAUUGUAAGGAAACUGAAAGAGGAGAAACAGAGGUUACAGACAGAAAUGGAGGAGCGGAUCCAGAAAAUGGACGCAGAGUAUAAGGAGCGGAUCCAAAAUGUGGAGAAAGCUAUGGACGAUGAGAAGGAGAGCUUGGUACAGGAGUUAUCAAAAGCUAAAGCAGCGGCCAUCAGCUGUAUGCAGGAGGAAACAGAAAAGUCUAUUGCAAAUCGAGUCCAGGCCUCAAUGGAAGAGAGAGAUCAAUACUGGCAUCAGAUCCUACAGGAAAAAGAGAAGGAACAUUCAGAUGUGCUAGAUACCAAGGAGAAGGAACAUGCUCAGUUGGUCAGACAGAUGGAGGAAGAUAAAAGUCGUAAAAUGGCUGAAAAGGAACAGGAAAUGAGGUUAGCUGUGGAGGAAAGGGACUUACAAAAAAUGGCUACCUUAUCACAGCAGGACUCACUCAGGGACCAUCUCCAAAGUCAAGUGGACACACUUUCUUCUGAAAAAUCAAAACUAGAAGAAGAGUUGGCCGACAUUCAGAGUGUUGUUACAAAACUCACAGAGGAGACAGAAAGAAAGAUCCAAAAAAUUCAGGAAGAGGCAGCUCAACAGCAGAGGGAACUAGAGUCCAGGCACCAGACUGAAAUUGAGAAAUCGCUCAGUGAGAAAGACCAGGCAUGGCAGGAGAAACUGCAGUCAGCAGUGGAAACCCAUAAUGUCCAGAUGGCAGAGUUAACACGGAAGCAGGAGGAUGCCAUGCAGGGGUCAGCAUCGGAGCUGGAGGGGUAUUACAAAGAGCAGAUUAAGUCAAUGAAGGCGAACUAUGAACAACUUCUUCAAGAAAGAGCUCAGCAGGUGGAAGCUAUGAAUCUGUCAUUGCAGCAAAUCAAGGAGGAGAAAGAAAAUGUAGAGAAGGAAUUAUUUGAAGUGAAAGAGGAACUAAGUCAAAAGAGGAAUGAAUUGGAAAACCUGAUGACUGAAAGUAGUAAUUUUCAGUCUGAAAAAGAUGCCAGGAUUGCAGAACUUGGAGCGGAAGUGGAAACGCUGACAAAAAAUAUGGAACAGUUAGGAAGAGAAAAGAAAGAACUGGAGGAUGACAUUGUAAAAAUGAUAGAGCAGAAAGAGAAGCAGGAGCAGACGUACAGGGACAGGAUCUCAGAACUCACCCAGGAAAACAGUGACACAAUGGCAGCCAUAUCAGCAUCAUCUGACGAAAGUAUCAAAGCACUGACCAAUCAGAUUGAAGAGAAAAAUAGAGAUAUAACAGAACUGAUGGAGAAGUUACAAAAAGCUGAGGCCAAGGUUGUAGAACUGGAUAAACAGUGUGAAAAGGUGGAAAACAAACUUUCUCAGUCAUAUAAAGAAAAAUCUUUCUUAGAGGAGAAAAUAGCCAGUUUUGAAGUGUCCAUGUCAGAAUCCCUGAAAUUAAAUGAUGAUUUAAAUCAAAAAGUUAAAGAGACUCAGGAGAUGUUUAGCUCCAACCAACAGCAGCUGCAGCAAGAAAAGGCAAGUCUAGACAAAAAGAUCACCUCAUUACAGGAGGCUGUCAGUGAAGGUGAGCAGAGGGUGUCAGAAAUGGAACAGGCCAUAAUACAGAAAGAGGGGGAAAUUCAGACAUUGAAGAAAGUUUUGGAGGAAAAUGCUGUCUACAUUAAAGAACUGGAAGGAAAAGUGAAAGAAACAGAAACUGAGAAAAAUGAAUUGUCUGAGAUUCUGGGAAGUAAGGAAGAGGAGAUAAGCAAGGAAAAAGAGAAGUUUGAUAGACUUAGGGCAGAGGCUAAAGGAAGACUGAAGGAGCUGAAAGAGAGUUUGGAUGAGAGUGGACAGAAGUACCAGGAUCUGGAGCUAGAGAGGAAGACCCUGAUAGAUAAACACAAUGAGGAGAUGAAGGAGGCUCAACAGAAACUCCAGGAGGAAAAGUCCAGCUAUCAGGGUAUGGAAGAAAGUUUCAAAGCUCAGUUUGAGGAGUUGAAGUCAAAGCACAAAGAACAAGUGAACAAAAUAAGGGAGGAAUUCCAGGAGAAGCUUAAAGAGAGAGAGGUGGAGUUUGAAGGGAAAUUAACAGAACUAACCAAACAGAAAGAACUGAAUGCUGAGGAUCUGAUGAAAGACUUUGAAACAAGAAAGAUGCAGGAGAUAGGACAGAUUGAAGAGAAUCACAAACGAGAGAUGGCAAGCCUUGUAGAGGACUGGGAGGGGAAACUUCUGAAGGCAAAGGAGGAGUUUGAUAAAGUGAGACAAAACCUGAUCAGUGAACACCAAGGGGAAUGUGCAAGGAUUACAGAGGAACAUCAGAAACAAUUGGCAGAGGUACAGGCUAACUUGAAACAAAAGAUAGCUGAAAAGGAAUCAAGAAUUGAACAACUCAACUCUGACUUGAAUUCUGCUCUAGAAAGUAAGGAGGCCUCUUUGAAAGAGAUGACAGAAAAUCAAGCUCAAUUUGAGGGAUCCACCAACAAGACCAUUGAAAAUUUGAAGCAGAAGUUGCAAGAAGCAGAGGAAAAAUUGGUUCAGAUGAAUGAAACUGUCAACAGUUUAGAGACAGAGAGGAAUAGUCUUAUUGAAAGCAAAGCAGUGUCUUCUUCAGAGUAUCAAGAAGAGAUCAAUUUACUGAGAGAAUCAGAACAAAAGAACAAAGAAAGUCUAACAGCUCUAGAGGAGCAGGUGAAAGACCUUAAUCAGCAACUGUACACAGUGUCAGAAAAACAUGAAAAAGAAACAUCAGAAAAAGAGCAAGUGAUCAAAAACCUAGGUGAGGAAAUAAAUCAAUUGACCAACACAAAUAAGUCUAUGGAAGAAAUGUUGGAAGAACUGAGUGAAGCUGCCCAAGCACGAGGUGAUGACUUGCAAGAAAAGGAAAGUAAGCUGAAAGAACUGGAAACUUUGCUUGCAAAGAAAGAAGAAGAAUGGUCAAAGAAACUGGAAGAGAUUCAACACCAAUGUAGUCAAAGAGUUGAGGAAAUUCAGAAAGAGAAUUCAAGGUGUGAGCAAGAAUAUGAAAAGAGGAUAUCGGAAAUGUCUGAGAAUGACAGCGAACUUCAGGCAAAUCUGACUCAGUUGAAUAGUAAGGUCAGUCAAACAGAGGAGAAACUUCAUGACUGCAUUCAGCAAUAUGAGUCUCAAAUAGAGGAAUACAAGAACAAACUAGAACAACAGGUGGAAAGUGGCAAGCAGGAGAUUCAGAAAGUGGAAGAGCAGUGGAAGAAUAAGUUACAGGAGCUGAAGCAGAAGUACAUGGCUAAACUUAAGGAGUUCCAGAAGGAAAACCAGGACAAGGUCAGUUCAAUGUCACAGGAGUCCAGUGAGGUCCAGAGGAGACUUAUGGAGAUGGAGAGCCAGUUGACCCAGGAGAGGACAGAUAAAGAAGCCAUGUCCGAAGAACUUACCCAUGCUAACACCAAACUUCUACAACUGGAGGAGACGUCUGGGGAAUCCAAGAUGGCCAUCAUUGAUCUGGAGAAGAAGAUUCAGGAGAUGGAAAAAGUGGCCGGGGAAAAAGACCAAAGGAUCUCAGAAUUGCAAGGACGGAUCCAAGAAUUGGAGUCUGUGAUUGUUGAAAGGGAGAGUGAGGUUAAAGAGUUAAGGCUGUGUGUUGAUGAGAAAGAUAAAGAAUUGAGUGAAAAAGAAAUGAGAAUGGAACAGUUCAGUGGAAGAGUAAAUGAAUUAGAAAAUGUAGUGAAGGAAGAAGGAGUGGUGAGUGGGGAAUUAAGGAAAGAAUUAUCAGAAGUUGUUAAUCAGGUGACUCAGUUAAAGGCUCAGUGUGAACAACUACAGAGUGAAAAAUCAUCAUUAGUGAGUGACUUAAAAUGUCAAGAUAGUGCAGUAAAUGAAUUACAAACAAAAUUAUCUGAACUUGAGGCAGAGAAAAGUACACUGUGUGCAGAGUAUGAGACAAGGCUGUGUGCUGUACAGAACUAUAAGGAUCAGUUGAUUGAAUCAGAGAAGGUUGUACUUCAGAAUCAAUAUGAACAAAAACUUAGUGAUUUAAAGAGUGAGGUUGAAAAAUUAGUGACAGAAAAUAAUGAGUUAAAGAAUUCAAUAGUGCAGAUGUCUGACACGGACACUAAACGUGGGGAAGAGAUGUCUAGUAUUAGUGAAAAAUUAGUGAAUGUGAUGAGAGAGAAAGAGAUAAUGAGUGAUCAGUAUAAACAAGAAAUUCUAGAACUUCAGAACAAACAUUCCAUAGAGUUAGCAGAAAUGUCUUCCAAGAUUGAGUCGGAAAAUACAGCCAAAAUUGCUGAAUACAAGAAAAAGGCAGAAGUAUAUAUCGCGAAUAUUAAAAAACAAUGUCAGGAGGAGAAAGAGGCAUUGAAAGUGGAGCAGGAAGAGAGUAUUGGUAGUCUGGUGAUGGAGAAAGAAAAAGUGGAGGAGCAAUUAAAGCAAGAGCAAGGAAAGUGUGCUGAGGUGGAGAGGCGGAUAUCAGAGUUAGAAUCCAGAAUACAAAGUUUGACGACAGAGAAGGAGAGUAUCACUGAACAGUUUGAGAAAGAAAAAUCAUAUCUGACAACAUUACAUGAGCAAGAAAUUAAAGCUCGGGAAUCUGUGAUCGCUGAACAUGUUCAGAAGAUGGAGGAAGUCCAAGGAAGUGAAAAUUCUUUGAAAAGCAAGUUUGAUGAGAGUGUGUCAAAGGAAAGUGAGAUGGUAAAAACUAUUGAAAGUCUGAAAAAGGAAAACUCAACCCUUUGUGAAUCUUUAUCUCAGCUGAAUAGAGACCAUUCUGAGGAAAUUAAUUCACUGAAAUCAGAAAAUGACAAGUUGAAGUCAUCAUUGAAAAAGCUAGAGAAGGAUAAAGCCAGCUUGGAGGAGCAGAUGGCAUCUUCCGUGUCGAGUCAUAGUGAAGAGUUACAGAAGAUGAAGGUUCACUAUGAAGAGAUGCUGGAAGAUCGGGAGAAUGAGCACACGUCAAAAAUCAAACAACUUGUCAAAGAGUUCAACCUGAAACUAGCAGAAAAGGAAAAGGAAUUUGAGACCAUGUUCUCCGAGGCACUCAACAAAUCUCAGUCGGGGGAAGACAGGCUAUUAUUAGAACACAAACAGGUUGUGGAGGAACUGAACCGUGACCUUCAGGAGAGGGAUGACAGAAUUGACGAGGUGACCUUGGAGUAUGAGGCCAAAUUAAAGGAACAAAAAGAUGGCCUUUCAUCAAAGAUCACACAGCUACAGCAAGAGUUGACAGAGACCAAACAGCACCACCAGAUGGAGCUGUAUGAAAUGGAAGAGAAGCUGAAACAAGCCCAACAGAGGGCGCUGCAGGAACAGGAAGUGAUUCACAAAGAGGAAGUCAAUGCACUCACACAAGAGUGGAACUCUGAAAAAAAGGCCCCCUUGCUGCAUGCCAGUGGACCAAGUGUUAUAGAACCUCAGGAAUUGCUCCAUCACAAUCAGCUGGCAAUAAAUGCUCUACAAAGUGGCUCAGGUAGUGCAACCGUCCUACAGCAACAGGUGAUGCAGCUGACACAACAGAUACAGCAACUCAAAGAGCAACACAGAUUAGAGCUUGCAGAGGUUCAAGGAAAUUUAGAAAUGCAGCACAACCAAACACCGUUACGCCCCGGCAAUAAAAGGACUCCACGGCAUGUGGUGUUUGAUCCUAAUGAUCCCAACAUGCAAUCAGAAUUUGAAAAUCUGGAACUUGACAACAUGGACCUAAAGGCCCAGGUUGCCCAGUUGAAUGGUCAGCUAGCCCAAAGUAAAACAAGAGAAAAAGAAUUGCAGAAACAGCUGGAAUCUCACAAGGGAGGUCACUCACAGUUGGGCCAUGGUUCUCCCCCAAUGAGCCCAGGCUAUAACACAGAUGGUACCCCUUCAGGACCCCUCUUAAAUGAGGCCACUCAAUUAGAGUAUUUGAAGAACAUUCUGUUCCAGUAUAUGACAGGAAAGGAAACCAAGACGCUGUCCCGUGUUAUUGCCACCAUUGUCCAAUUCACAGAGGACCAGACCAAGAGAAUCAUAACAUAUGAAGACUCCAAGAACACGUGGCUAUCUUCACCUUGAAGUAUUUGAGUUGGAUUUGGUGAAAACUAUGAGCAUAUCAGCUAAUUAUAUUCACUCUGUGAAUGGAAAAACAAUGUGAUACUCAACUGUGAUAGUGGAAACCCAAAGUAAAGCUGACACCCCUGUCAACAGAAUGGACCAACCCUGUAAUGGAUCAGUCCAGUAAGACAUGCAGAGAUGACAAGAGUGAUUUGAUUUAAUGGUCCUUAACUUUUCUCUGUGUCUGAUGGAGAUAAACACUAUAAAAAAAAGUCUACCGUGUCAAAAAAAUGAAGGGUGCACUAAAGUAUAGAGACUUUAAUUUAUGUAUGGUGCUGUGUUCAAGAAAAAACAACAUUAUGAUUAUUACACAUCUGAUAGUGUUCAUACAUUCCUAGUCUUCUGUGCUUCAUGUACUAGAAAUUAAGAUAAGAAAUACAGUUUUCAAAAA